GGAAGAAGACAGGGCUGUGAGAGUAUUCGUAAGUGUGAUCACUGCCCUAGAGUUAGGUCUAUAUACGUGUACUUGCCCAUAUACGUUCACAUUUAGCUUUUGCUGCAGGGGCAUUGUCUACAAGAGGCACGACUGUAAACAAAAUCAAAAUUUACCACAACUAAAACCGACUCGUAAAGUGGCCCCACCGAGGGAAAGUCCAGGCAUCAACGUGUCCGGAGUCCGUUUUCGGUCACUUCAGAGAUGAUGAAAUUACAAAAACCGUCCGGAUCAUGGCAGAGCUUCCAGAGGGCUGGGAACGUCGUAUAAGCAGAUCGACGGGCAAGGAGUAUUAUCUAAACAUCUAUUCUAAGGAAAGCCAGUGGGAGACUCCAACAGAACCAGCCAAUCCAGACAUGAGUUCCGUACAAUGCUCUCAUCUAUUGGUCAAGCACCGUGAGUCACGGCGACCAUCGUCAUGGAGAGAAGAAAACAUCACCCGUUCCAAGGAAGAGGCACUGGAAAUUCUAAACGGGUAUCGAGCUAAAAUAGUGGCUGGUGAAGCCACACUGCCAGAACUAGCCAAACAGUUCAGCGAUUGCAGUUCUGCCAAAAAGGGAGGCGAUCUAGGUGUGUUUGGGAAAGGACAGAUGCAGAAACCAUUUGAGGAUGCGUCGUUUGCGUUAAAAGUUGGUGAACUGAGCGAGCCAGUGUUCACAGCUUCGGGCAUUCACAUCAUCCUACGGACAGGGUGAACUAAUCAAGGUGGCAUAACUCCACCGGGACACAGCGCUGCUGAGCAGUGUUAUCAGGGGAGACAACUGUGUACUUGUUUUCCAUGCUGUCGUCUAUUCCACUGUAUCUCAGUAUUUCUUUCUGAUGAUAAGAUGCUCAGUUAACCGGCUUUUGUAAAUGUUGACGGAAAAAAUAUCAUGAGCUUUGUUUCCUGCAAAAGUUAGUUCCCCUAGUUUGUGGUCUUCCCAAUAUGGUCUAAUGGUUAAAUGUAAUGACUGAAAUAACACUGAACUUAAAUCAGCGGGGUCAAGGUUGAUUGAAAUUUGGUAGAUCAAUACAUACACAUGAUCAGCAGUAUAGACUGUAAGACUGAAAUAUUGAAACUCUUCUAGUUCCCACCAAGAUACGUUUUGCUUUACUUUCAGCAUUUAAUUUCAGACAAUAUCCAACAAAGAGCAUCUAUUUGUAAUGAUGGAAGUAUCAAGUGUUACUGCAGUUGUAAGGUUAUCACCAUUUAUACACGCUAACAGUUGGUGUAUUGGUGAAAUAUUUGCAUAUACUAUAAAUAAAUAGAGAAAAGAAGGUAGCAGCCAACAAAAUAAUGAAGAUUUGGUCAGUAGUCUUAGUGACUUGUCCGGUGAUCUCAUGAUCUGAAAAUGCAUUUAUUGUUUUUCAUCUAUUCGUGAAUGUUCAAGGCGUUAGUGUUGUACUAACUCAUGAAUAUAAAUCCUGUCUUUUGUAA